AUGAGGAAAAAAGACGAAAUAAGUGGGGUGCAGCCCGCCAGGCUUUAUGGGUUGGCGAAAGUGGAUAAAGUGAAUACCCCAUUAAGACCGGUCCUCUCCUUGCUCGGUAGCUCUUAUUAUAACUUGAACAAGGUUCAUGCAAAAUUUUUUGAGAAAGUUGAGGGCGCAAACAUCGAAACCAACUCACUAGAUGCGAGAGAAAUCUUGGAGAGCACUAAUCUUGAGCCCAAUGAAAGUUUGAUAUCUCUAGAUGUGAUGAGUUUGUAUACAAACGUUCCACUGAAAGAAGCAAUAGACAUAGCUCUGAGAAAACUGUAUGAGCAAGAUGAACCACCAUCAAAUGCUAGGAAGACCACGAAGAGAUUGUUGAACAUGGCAGUUAGUCAAGUCCCUUUCAAAUGCAAUGAAACAUGGUACGUUCAGAAAGAUGGUUUGGCAAUGGGGGCAUCUCUUGCGGUUAUUUUAGCGAAUCUUUGGCUGAAGCAGUACGAAACUGCACUAUCGAGGGAUAUUCCCGAAAUGCAGUUUGAACUGGUUUCACGUAAAAUGCGGUAA